AUGGAAUUACCAUCAAAAAUUUUCUAUUCAAAAUUGAAUUUUUCUGAUGAAGAAUUAAAACAACAUGAAGAUAAAUGUAAAUCAUACAAUUUAAUAAACACAGAUUCUGAAAUUAUAAAAAUUUGUGCAAAGCUUGUAAAAUAUCUAACUAAUUAUAAUGAGCAAAAUAACGGAGAUUUGAAGGAUCAUCAUUGUAACCUUUUGAGCCUAUGGAUAAUUGAACAGUUGUUUGAAAAAUUUGAACGUAAAUCUGGAAAAGUUGCUGUUCCUUAUAAUCAUCUUAGGUUUAUUAUAAACGAUGUUAUUAAAGAGUUCACACAAUCAGAAUUCGAUAAUUGCCUGCGUUAUGUACCUGUAUCUCAAUAUGUUAUCUGGAAAAAGCGUAAGGAUCUUUAUGAUUAUUGUGUUGAUUAUGAUAAAUUUAAUAAAUUAGAUGAUUUUAGUGAUAAAAAAUGCCAGGAAUAUGAAGAAUACAUUAAUGAAAUAUCUCCACUCUAUAAUCAAAUUGAAACUUUAUAUAUUCCAGAAUAUAAGACGAUGAAUAAAGAUUUUUAUGAAAAAUGUAGAG